GCCCCGCCCCGCGUGCCCCGCCCGCCCCGCCGCAGCCCCGGCGGCUCCAGAGCGGAGGUCCGCGCCGAGCGCAGGUGAGCAGCUCCAGCUGGGAUGGCAGCUCCAGCAUCUCUAAGGGCCUCGGGGGGUCCAGCCCCCCAGGGGACACCCUAGGCCUCCCACAGCCAGCCGCCUGUGUGCCUGCCCCCCACCCAUCUGCGGGCCACUCACCAUGGGUGGCUGCCUCUCCAAGCCCAAGCCAGUGGAGCUCAAGAUCGAGGUGGUGCUGCCCGAGAAGGACCGGGGCAAGGAAGAGCUGUCCGCCGGCGGGAAGGGCAGCCCCCGGGCCUACCAGGGCAACGGCACAGCCCGCCAUUUCCAUGCAGAGGAACGCCUGCCCGCCCCCCACCCCUACCCUGGUGCCCAGGACUGCCUGGAGGCUGCUGUCUGCCACAUCAAAGACCUGGAGAACGGCCAGAUGCGGGAAGUGGAGCUGGGCUGGGGGAAGGCGUUGCUGGUGAAAGACAACGGGGAGUUCCAUGCCCUGGGCCACAAGUGUCCGCACUAUGGUGCGCCCCUGGUGAAAGGAGUGCUGUCCCGUGGACGGGUGCGCUGCCCCUGGCAUGGCGCCUGCUUCAACAUCAGCACUGGAGAUCUGGAGGACUUCCCUGGCCUGGACAGUCUGCACAAGUUCCAGGUGAAGAUUGAGAAGGAGAAGGUGUACAUCCGGGCCAGCAAGCAGGCCCUGCAGCUACAGCGAAGGACCAAGGUGAUGGCCACGUGCAUCUCUCCAAGCGCUGGCCACAGCAGCAGCACCAAUGUGCUCAUCGUGGGCGCAGGCGCAGCUGGCCUGGUGUGUGCAGAGACGCUGCGGCAGGAGGGCUUCUCAGACAGGAUCGUCCUGUGCACUCUGGACCGGCACCUUCCCUACGACCGGCCCAAGCUUAGCAAGUCUCUGGAUGCACAGCUGGAGCAGCUGGCCCUGAGGCCCAAGGAGUUCUUCCGAGCCCAUGGCAUCGAGGUGCUCACUGAGGCCCAGGUGGUCACGGUGGACGUGAGGAACAAGAAGGCCGUGUUCAAGGAUGGCUUCAAGCUGGAGUACAGCAAGCUGCUGCUGGCACCCGGGAGCAGCCCUAAGACCCUGAGCUGCAAAGGCAAAGACGUGGAGAAUGUGUUCACCAUCCGGACGCCCGAGGACGCCAACCGCGUGGUGAGGUUGGCCCGGGGCCGCAACGCUGUGGUCGUGGGAGCCGGCUUCCUGGGGAUGGAGGUGGCCGCCUACCUGACUGAGAAGGCCCACUCAGUGUCCGUGGUGGAACUGGAGGAGACACCCUUCAGGAGGUUUCUGGGGGAGCGCGUUGGUCGUGCCCUCAUGAAGAUGUUUGAGAGCAACCGGGUCAAGUUCUACAUGCAGACGGAGGUGUCGGAGCUGCGGGCCCAGGAGGGAAAGCUGAAGGAGGUCGUGCUGAAGAGCAGCAAGGUCUUGCGGGCUGACGUCUGCGUGGUGGGCAUUGGUGCAGUGCCCGCCACGGGCUUCCUGAGGCAGAGCGGCAUAGGUCUGGAUUCCCGAGGCUUCAUCCCUGUCAACAAGAUGAUGCAGACCAAUGUCCCGGGUGUGUUUGCAGCUGGCGAUGCUGUGACCUUCCCCCUGGCCUGGAGGAACAAUCGGAAAGUGAACAUCCCACACUGGCAGAUGGCUCAUGCCCAGGGGCGCGUGGCGGCCCAGAACAUGCUGGCGCAGGAGGCGGAGAUCAGCACGGUACCCUACCUAUGGACCGCUAUGUUCAGCAAGAGCCUGCGCUACGCGGGGUACGGAGAAGGCUUCGACGACGUCAUUAUCCAGGGGGAUCUGGACGAGCUGAAGUUCGUGGCUUUUUACACUAAAGGCGACGAGGUGAUCUCCGUGGCCAGCAUGAACUACGAUCCCAUCGUGUCUAAGGUGGCGGAGGUGCUGGCCUCCGGCCGCACCAUCCGGAAGCGGGAGGUGGAGCUGUUUGUGCUGCACAGCAAGACUGGCGACAUGUCCUGGCUCACAGGGAAAGGAUCCUGAGCUUGCACGCAGCGGACUCGGGCAAGCAUGUUGAGGCUUCAGGGACAGAGGCCAAGCCUGGGGGGCAGGUGCCAACCUCCAGUUCCCCAGGAGCCCCCAGGGAAGAACCUGAGCCCUCUCAGUGCUUGCCUUCAGCUGCCUGGCUCACCUCCUGAGAGGCCUCAGCGGCCUCCAGGAGAUGCUCAGCCCCCAAGACGUCCAGUGCCACUGAUGGCUGGCAGUGGAGGCGGGACAGACCCUGCCUCUUCUUCCUCUAUUGGGACUGGUCCCCUGUAGGACCCUGCAACAUAUUAGACAUUAUCUUAAAAUUAAAACUCACACAUUUGCAGAUC